CUUUUGGUAGGGUUCAAUAUUGGAACGACGUUAGUCCAAAAUGAAGUCUCUAAUAUUGUUAACCUUUACCGCAGCCCUUUCAUACAAUGCCGUUUUAUUGUCGGCCCAGACAACUGUCGAAAGCCCACCGACUGACUUCGGUUGCACGAAACCUUUCGAUGCAGUGGAUUUAGGUCCUGACAAUUUGUACUAUUUUUUCAUUGGAUCAUACCUGUAUACCGUAGACUCAACUACCAAUGCUACAGUUGGACCACGUCUUAUUUCGGAUUACUUCCAAGGCGUCUCAUUGCCUAUUUUAGCCGCGUUUACCAUCGGACCUUUGAAUGCGGCCAUGUACAUUAUUGAUAGUGAUCCUGUUAAUAAUCUCAAACGAUACAAAUUUACCACUUCGGCGCCGCAUCCAGUGGACGGUGUAGCGGUAUCCGCAUCUUCAAAGUUCAUGAGCGGUCUUCCUAAUCCGAUCAAAGCGGCUCUUACGACGUACCAACCAGCGCGGGUUUAUUUAUUCGGAGGUUCUUCCAGUUCACCAACAAUAUACAUCUACAAUUUUAACCCAAACGCUGCAGUCUUCACUUACUCCCAGCAGUACACGCCGUCGCAGUGGGCAUGGGGUGGAGCUGAUAUUAAUAGUGCAACUAUGUUCUAUAAUGCUUCCGACGGUACAAAAACAUCGAAUUAUCUCUAUCAUUCAGGCGGUUCGGUUGCAGCGUUAAACAGCGGAUUAACUGCGUACAUGUCCCCGAGUUCCCCGACGCCCAUGAACAGUUGUCCCUCAUGGCUGCCACCACAGUUAAGCGGUUGUUGUCAAAGCCCUACUACCACGUUAACCACAACGCUUGCGACCACUACGACCCCAGCAGCAAGCACCACCACGUCUGGUCCUUGCGCAAAUGGUUACGACGCCGUGGACUUAGCUCCGGAUAACAAGUAUUAUUUUUUCACUGGAUCCACGGUUUCCACUGUUGAGAAGCUGACGCCUGACACACCUACAACUGCAGUACCAAUCAGUACUUUGUUCCAAAACAUUACCGGUCGAGUAAUUGCGGUAUUUUCAACUGGGCCAUCUCCUGCUUUGGCCAGAAUGUACAUCAUUGAUUCCCAUGCGACCACACCGGUCAAAAUCUUCCGAAUGACGGAUCAAGUGCCCCGUGGUCCCUUAACCAUAACAGAUUUCAGCCUUUUCCCUUCAGCAGCCGCGAAUAUCCCGAUGCCUCUCCUGUCGGCGUUUUCCUCAAUUAAUCCGGCUCGCGUCAACUUUAUCGGUGGUUUACCGGGCAAUAGGAAAGUAGGGUCGUACACAUACUACCUGGCCGGGGGAACGUUCACUCCGAUGGGUACAACGACUGUCCUGCAUUCGGCGUGGAAUGAUGAUAUCACGGCAGCUACAAUGCAUUACAACACCAACGGCGGAGCCAUUACAUACUAUGGAUUUUCACAGUAUCAGACUGCACGAUUGGAUGCGGCUUCAACUGUUCAAAUAGGACCUACGGAUAGUGGAACUUGUCCGACGUGGCAACCCAGCAUGUUCAGCAGUUGUUGUAGCAGUAUGACAUCCGUGGCCACGACCACACCGGUACCAGCUACCACAACAAUUCCACCACCACAGCCAUUCUCCUGUACGACCACUCCAGAUGCUAUUGAUUUGGCACCCGAUAGCCAGUACUACUUUUUCGUCGGUUAUUACUUCUACACAGUGCAUAAAACAACGAAAGUUAUGGCUGGCCCAACGUUGAUCACUUCCAAGUUCGGUCAGAUUGUCCCGCCAGUUAUUGCGGCCUUCAGUAUUGGGCCGAUGAAUGCCAAAAUGUACCUGAUUGAUAGCUCUGCCACAGCAAACGUGAAGCAAUACGAAAAGAUCGAUGUUACCUCGAGCUCUCCCUUACAACCUACUGCAAGCAAGAUGCUUGAACAAUUUUUCCCUAGUGGAAGCACAAUUCCCAAACCACUGACAGCCGCUAUGAGUACCUUUAUUCCAGCAAGAGUCUACUUUUUCGGCGGUCUUCCGCGUACAGCAGCCAUGUAUUCAUUUAAUACAGCGACGGCAGCCUUCGCGUCAUUAUCUACCUCCUCGAAUUUAGCUCAAAAAUGGAAUGUCGAUGUUCAAGCAGCUACCAUGCAUUUUUACCCGAAUAACGGGUCAUAUGGUUUCUUCGCAUUUGGAAAAACUGACGCAGUCCAACUCAAUUCCAAUAUAGAGGUUUUCCAAGGCCCCGCUAGCAACGCUAACUGUCCCACAUGGAUGCCCGCUCUUCUCAUACCAGCAUGCUGCGGAUCUGCGACCACAAUCGCAUCCAGCACUCUCAACACCAUACCCGCUACGCCGACAACGACACCAACUACCACAAUCACCACCACGCCGACAACGACAUCAACUACCACAACGUCGACGACUACCACUACGUCGGCUACUACAUCCACUACGACAGACACAACAACGCCGACUACCACGUCAACUACAACGGACACCACCACACCGACAACGACAUCAACUACCACAGAUACCAGCACGUCGACGGCUACAACCACGCCGACGACAUCAACUACAACGGACACCACCCCGUCGACAACUACAUCCACUACCACUGACACAACCACGCCGACUUCUACGUCAACUACUACGGAUACCACAACGUCGACGGCUACCACCACGCCGACAACUACGUCAACUACAACGGACACCACCACGCCGACAACGACAUCAACCACAACGGACACCACCACGCCGACAACGACAUCACCCACAACGGACACCACCACGCCGACAACGACAUCAACCACAACGGACACCACCACGCCGACAACUACAUCCACUACGACUGACACAACCACGCCGACUACUACGUCAACUACAACGGACACCACCACACCGACAAGUACAUCCACUACGACUGACACAACCACGCCGACUACUACGUCAAUUUCUACGGAUACCACAACGUCGACGGCUACCACCACGGCGACUGCUACGUCAACCACUACCGAUACCACAACUACAACGGACACCACCACACCGACAACGACAUCAACUUCUACGGAUACCACAACGUCUACAGGUACCACCACGCCGACGACAUCAACUACAACGGACACCACCACGUCGACAACUACAUCCACUACGACUGACACAACCACGCCGACUUCUACGUCAACUACUACGGAUACCACAACGUCGACGGCUACCACCACGCCGACAACUACGUCAACUACAACGGACACCACCACGCCGACAACGACAUCAACUACUACGGAUACCACAACGUCGACGGGUACCACCACGCCGACCACUACAUCCUCUACGACAGACACAACAACUCCGACUACUACGUCAACUACAACGGACACCACCACGCCGACGACGACAUCAGCCACAACGGACACCACCACGCCGACAACGACCUCAACCACAACAGACACGUCCACGCCGACAACGACAUCAACCACAACGGACACCACCACGCCGACAACUACAUCCACUACGACUGACACAACCACGCCGACAACGACAUCAACCACAACGGACACCACCACGCCGACAACGACAUCAACCACAACGGACACCACCACGCCGACAACUACAUCCACUACGACUGACACAACCACGCCGACUACUACGUCAAUUUCUACGGAUACCACAACGUCGACGGCUACCACCACGGCGACUGCUACGUCAACCACUACCGAUACCACAACUACAACGGACACCACCACACCGACAACGACAUCAACUUCUACGGAUACCACAACGUCUACAGGUACCACCACGCCGACGACAUCAACUACAACGGACACCACCACGUCGACAACUACAUCCACUACGACUGACACAACCACGCCGACUUCUACGUCAACUACUACGGAUACCACAACGUCGACGGCUACCACCACGCCGACAACUACGUCAACUACAACGGACACCACCACGCCGACAACGACAUCAACUACUACGGAUACCACAACGUCGACGGGUACCACCACGCCGACCACUACAUCCUCUACGACAGACACAGCCACGCCGACUACGACAACUACAACGGUUACGACAUCGACGACCACGGACACGACCACCAGUACUGACACAACGUCCACGUCCACGGACACGACCACCAGUACUGACAGCACUACGGAUUCUACUACCACUACGACAUCUACUAGUACAACAACUAACCCGUGCAAUCUGGAGAUGUUCUGCUCUGCUUUGCCGGAUUCUGCAGUAGGCCCUGAUUCUUCAGGAGGACAAGUGUUCGAUCAAUCGGGUUUUUACUUGUUCUCUGGUUCUUGUGUCCUGCCACUUUCCGUCUGGAGCAAGAAUGGUGCCGGAACACUUACACCUUCUGGCGAUCCUGCAUUAAUCAGCUCCGUGUUUACAACAUCACUGACCAGUGUAACGAGAGCUUUUAUAAAUGAUCCAGAGGCUGACAUGGUUCUGUCCGAUGGUACUAGCCUUGAAAGCUGCGGGGCAACCCUUUCAGCUCCAUACACAUGUAAACCUGGCGCUAAGGCAGUCGCACUUGAUUCAUCCCUAUCGGCAUACUCCAGUUGGAUGGAACCUGUUAACUAUGGAGCGGUCUAUGUAGCGGCUUCGAGUGACGGAAAGACAUUGCUUUUCACCGAUGGGUCCACUAUUUCAACCACCAUCAGCAUCGCUACAAAUCAGUCUACUAUCCAGAGAGUGAAAGGACUACAGCAUGUGUACGAUCAGACUAGUCAGGAGCAUUAUCUUUACGUUUUCGGUUUGGAUACCAACAAUGUGCCUUAUUACGGAUUGGUUAAACCCGAUCCGAGCCCGGCCGUUACCCCGCUUUCGUCAACCAGCUAUAAAGAUGUUACGCUCGAGUGGACCAUUCCACCCACUCCAUGGAGCCAAAUAUUCGGCGAUAAAUGUUCGUCACAAGCAACAUCGGCUCCUAAUGAGUGCAAGCUGGCUGAUUUCUGCAAGAAGAGUCCGACGGCAUCCAUGGGUGCUGGAUUGUUUUCUCAGGGUGAUCUGAAUUAUUACCUGUUUGAUGAUAAUGGCUGCGCCCUGAAAGGAACGUUUAGCCCCUCGGGUGAAACCGGUCCUACGCUUACACCUACGCUUGGUCCUAUGCCCACUGAUCAGCUGUUUGCUGGACCAUAUGCCCCUGUAUUGGCAGGAAAAUCCGUUAUAACAACUAAAGUGGUGCUGGAUCAAAGUGGCAAACCAGAGUUCGAGCUUGUAUAUGAUAAGGACGGAAAUGCCGUGAAGUGCGUGGAACCGCUCAAUGCCGACAACACCAAACCUUUCUGUGACGAAUUGGUCAAAGUGGAUAUGACGAAUACUUCAGACUUUUCGGCAUGGACAGAUGGCUCCACAUUCAGUAUAUACUAUUUUGUUAGCGAUGGAACCGGAAAAAAUAUCAUGCUGAAUGACGGCACAAAUCAUCCUGACCAGUCAGUAUCCUUGAUUGAUGGACAGUCAACAAUUGUUGAAGCCACUGCUUUGGAUACCUUUAACGAUGGGUCUGGCCAGUAUCUGGCUGUGUUUGGUGCAAAUGGUGCCGGUACACCAUUCGUUGGAAUUGCCGGCCUAGAAAAUGAGAAUGGUCUUUCGGCUACAUCAGGACAGCUCCAUCUUAAUUGGCAAGCCCAGAACGGUGAGAAUUUUGUACCGCUUUAUAAAACCCUUGUUGGAUGUCCAGAAACCAGUUAAAUCGUCGACGAUGCAUUUUUUGGAGUGAUGCAAUAAUAUGCACAAAAGAGUUUAUAUAUUGUGGAGACAACUUAUGCAUAAAUACCACAUUCUGUUGUAACCAGAUUUCUAAAAGCGCUUUUAUUAUUGGGGAAUGAGGGUGGUCUCUAAGAUUGAUCUUGCUUCCUGUCACACUACGAUAUCGAAUCAAUUAAAAUGAACCUGAAACGUGAACAUUUCCGAACUCUGAAAAUGAGAAACGUUCUUCGGAAUAAAAGCAAACAC